GCGCCGACUCCAGAAUAUCACUUCUCCGCAGAAAUAAAGCACGUUCUUGAUUUAUAAGUUUUUACUCUGUAAGUAUUGGUAUUACCGGCUGCUGUGACGGGAAAUUAGUCGGGUCGUUACUGACGCACAUCUGCUGCAUUUUCACCGUGGAUCCCUUUUCCAGCUUUGAACUGCCGGGAUUCACACUCGCUGGAUAUCAGUACUGUAUUAUUCCUGCGAUGAACACCGCGCGACUGAACCCACAGGAAUAUUUUAAGUAAUAACCUCGGGAAAACAUGGAAUAAUACGAAUACAUAACAUUUAUUCAGAUUUGUUGGUUAUGGAGGGCCGUCGGUGCCAGCAGGGACUUCCCGUUGGUUUGUUGGUUUUGUGGGAGGAAAGGCGUGAGGAUAACGAGUGCGGUGUCUGCUUACACUCCUGCGCUCGUUUGGGUGGAUUCCUCUGUCCUCUUUCUCACAGACAGGUGUGGUGAGCGAGCGAGAGCGUCAGGAUGCCGCUGGUCAAGCGCAGUAUCGAGCCUCGUCACCUGUGUCACACAGCUCUGCCACACAGCAUCAAGAACGAGCUGGAGUGUGUGACCAACAUCUCUCUGGCCAACGUGAUCCGUCAGCUGAGCAGCCUGAGUAAAUAUGCGGAGGAUUUGUUCGGAGAGCUCUUUAAUGAAGCUCAUUCAUUCACUUUUCGAGUGAAUUCGCUUCAAGAGAGAGUCGACCGCCUGUCAAUCAGCGUCACUCAGCUCGACCCUAAAGAAGAGGAGUUGUCUCUUCAGGACAUCACCAUGAGAAAGGCCUUCCGCAGCUCCACCAUCCAGGACCAGCAGCUGUUUGAGCGUCAGUCUCUUCCCGUCCCCAUGCAAGAGACGUACGAGCUGUGCGAACAACCUCCGCCGCUGAACAUCCUCACGCCCUACAGGGAUGAUGGGAAGGAAGGGCUGAAGUUCUACACCAACCCGUCGUACUUCUUCGACCUGUGGAGAGAGAAGAUGCUGCAGGACACAGAAGACAAGAGGAAAGAGAGGCGGAAACAGAAGCUGAAGAACAUCGACCGUCCUCAUGACCAGGAGAAGAUCCCGCGAGCGCCUCACGACCGCAGGAGGGAGUGGCAGAAGAGGGCGCUGGGGGCGGAGCUUGCUGAGGACGAGGCCGAAGACAAACACAAGGAAGCCAAUGAAUCAGCAGCCUUCCAGGAGCACAGACAAGCGUACAUCGAUCAGCUGGACGGACCGUUCUCUCUGGGGGCGCUGCCGUACUCUCAGAUGAACGAACUCCUGAACCGUACGGGAGACAGAAGCUACGGCCGCCCGCAUGAGCCUCCGCCACCGCCACCGACUCACCCUCCGGGCUCCGUUAUCAGCUCCAGCUCAGGUUUCUCGGACAGCGUCACGCAGUCUCCGGCUCGCACGCCUGUCUUCCUUAACUCAAAUGCCCCAGCCCCGCCCCCUUUACCCCCACCUCCUCCUCCCCUGCCAGCAAGCCAAUCAGGUUCAAGAAUGCGCGGCUCAGCCCCGCCUCCGAUCCCUCCCUUACCUUCCCAGCAGCCCCCGGCCAUCCCCCCUCCCCCCACCCCCCUUCAGAUCGCCCCAGGUGUCCUGCACCCUGCCCCCCCUCCAGUGGCUCCGCCCCUUCACUCCUCCCCCGCCCGUGGACAGCUGGACAAGACUCCGCCCACAGCUGGAGAUGGAGUGGUUUUGCCACCUCCUCCACCGCCUCCUCCCCUGCCCCUCCCAGGAAACAGAAGCUCCUCCCCCUACACAUCCUCAGGCCCGCCCACCAUGCCUUCCUUCCCAUCAGGAGCCAUUUCGUCGCCGCCCACUCACUCGGGUCACGAGGUGAAGAGGUAUCAAUCCAACCUGCCGCCAAUCAGCGAUGCCCGCAGCGUUCUAUUGGAAGCCAUCCGCAAAGGGAUCCAGCUGAGGAAGGUGGAGGAGCAGCGGGAACAAGAGGCCAAGCACAAGCGCGUGGGGAACGACGUGGCCACCAUCCUGUCGCGCCGCAUCGCUGUGGAGUACAGCGACUCCGAGGACGAGGAUGAGUUCGACGAGGUCGACUGGACGGAAUGAGAGACAGACGAACCUCACGGGAGUCUCAGCUAACCUUCUUCCCAAUAAGAGUUUUCCCACGAACAGUCUCCGAUCAGUCGUGCUCUAAUUCAGGAAACAUCAGGACUGCACACGACUCAAUCCAAUGUUCCCAGAAUGCUUUGCUUUAAGGUUUUUUAGCCACAUGUUGUGCAACUGAUGAAGGAAAAUAACCAUGUGGGGAUGUCAUAUUUCUUUCAUUUGAGUUUAUCCGUCUUUUAAUUCUCAAUAGGAAGAACAAACCUGUUAUUGUUCGGCACGAGACAACAGCGUCCUCUUCUGGACACGACGGGAACGUCGCAAUGCGGCAGAUCCGAAUGUGAUGGAUGAUUAUUAUACACUUUCUACAUCAUCUCUAAACCAUUCUUCCAUUUCAGAGAUGUGUUGUUUGAUGGAUCGUUAUUAUUAAUGUGUCAAGAUUACUAAAAUACAUGACUGAAUCUCUUUUACAAGUUAUAUUUCACCUCACAAUAAUGUUUGUAAAAUAUU